AUGGGGAUAAAGUCUGGAGAAGGACAGACGGUUUCCUCCAGUCCCUACAUUUUGCAGAUAAUGGAUGGCUGUGAGUGGGAUGAUGAGACUGGAGAAAUUACAGGAUAUGAUCAGUAUGGUUAUAAUGGGGAAGACAUCUUAGCCCUGGACCUGAAGACCCUGACAUGGAUUGCUACCAAACCACAAGCUAGGACUCCCACCUCUGUGGUGACCUGCCAUGCUACAGGUUUCUACCCCGAAACUGCUGACAUUUUCUGGAGAAGAGAUGGAGAAGAGAUUCAUGAGGCUGUGGAGAAAGGAGAGAUCCUUUUUCUAUUGGUCAUAUUUCAUAUUCCUGCUUCAGUGAAGCAUUCCCUGAGAUAUUUCCGUACUGCUACCUACGGAGUCCCAGGCUUUCCAGAGUUUGUUGGGGUUGCAACAGUAAAUGAAGUUCAGAUGGGAUAUUGCGACAGCAACAUCAAGACCGCCAAGCCCAAACAAGACUGGGCAAUGACACUGUUUGAAAAGAAUCCCAACCACUUAGAGUGGUAUUCUCAGAGGUGUCUUCGAAGUCAACAUGUAUUGAGAGCAGAAAUGAAUAGCUUGAAGCAACGUUUAAACCUCACUGAAGGUCCCCACAUUUUGCAGAGAAUGAAUGGCUGUGAGUGGGAUGAUGAGACUGGAGAAAUUACAGGAUAUAAUCAGUAUGGUUAUAAUGGGGAAGACUUCUUAGCCCUGGACCUGAAGACCCUGACAUGGACUGCUCCCAAACCACAAGCUGUACUCACAAAACUCACAUGGGACACCGAGAAAGCUACAUUACAAGAAAAUAAAAAUUUUUACAUCUAUAUAUGUCCCAAAAUGUUAAAGAUAUAUGUUAAGGAUGGGAGAAGCUUUCUGCAAAAGAAAGAAAGACCCUCUGUGUCUCUGCUCCAGAGGACUCCCACCUCUGUGGUGACCUGCCAUGCUACAGGUUUCUUCCCUGAAACAGCUGAAGUUUUCUGGAGAAGAGAUGGAGAAGAGAUUCAUGAGGCUGUGGAGAAAGGAGAUAUCCUUGCAAACAAUGAUGGAACCUUCCAGAUGAGUGUUGAGUUCAACGUUUCAUCUGUCCAGCCUGAAGACUGGAAGAGAUACGACUGUGUGUUUGAGUUCUCUGGUUUUAAAGACGACAUCGUCGUCAAAUUGGAUAAAUCCACAAUCCGUACAAAUUGGGCUUCUCCUUCAGAUUUUCCAGUCGCUUAUGUUGCCGGAGGUGUUGGAGGACUCAUUCUUAUUGGAAUUGCUGGAAUCUUUUUUUGGGUUAGGAGAAAUAAUGCAACAAUCCUGUGAACAGGAUGAGACAACAGCAUGAGAAGCCAACAACGACAAGGAACCAGCCAAUAGUGACAGCAGAGGGAGAGUAUUUAUGGCCGACUGAAACAAAUAAGGAGCAGGUGUGAGAAGAGACAACGAG